AUGCCAUUUCAGUACGCCGUCAUCGAGGAUCCGGAUGAACAUUACCUCCCUGAACCCUCGCUUAGAAGCUUCAUCUCCCUAGAAAAGGAGUUGGCCGUCUACGCUACGCUCAAAGCGCAUCCUCAUUCCAACUUUAUCCGGCGUCUGGAAACGGGCCAGAGUAAUUGCCUUUUCCUUGAACGGCUCGAGCCGUUGGAACGAGCCUGGCCCCGUUCGACCAAACCAGAACGGCGGCGGUGGGCUCUGGAACUGCUCGACGCAGUGAGCUGGCUGGAGGCCCACGGCUGGGCGGAUGGCGAUCUAGCCGUGCGUAACCUCGGCGUCGACGGCAACAACCGCUUGAAAUUGUUCGAUUUUGGAUCGGCGGUUCACAGCUCCCACCCGGAUUACGCGAUCGACGUCGUCCGGGAUCCUUUCGAGAUGGCGACUUGCCUACAUUACAUUCUUUCCGGGAUCGAUCCCCUCAAGAAUCUGUGUUCUUACGCGGAGGUGAAGGAGGUUCGGGCACAAUUGGCUGGUGGCCACGAGGUCAUCGGACCGGGCGCCGAAGUGCUGGCCGACAUUAUUCACGACGGCUGGACCGGGCGAAGCUCUUCCACGUCCUUCGGCCAGAUUUAUAAGCGAGUCUCCAGCUUGUUUCGCUCUAUUGCGGGUGCCACUCUACCAGAACACCCAGAGAGUCAUUAUCAGCGCCUCGAGUCUCGCUGUAGAGACUGGCUUGGCAGGGCGUCGAGUAAUGCGGGAUUUCAAGAAAUCGAGGGGUAUCUCAGGGACUGCAAGGCUUUAGGAAUUGAUGCAGACUUGGAUGUUUGGCGCUGA